GUGCAGUCAGUCUUGAAAGAGCGCUCGAACUCGUCGGUUUAACGGUUUUGAUAAGUUUAACGUGCUACGCGGAUCUUACAACGUUUGAUUUGUUUACAUUGUUCAGGACUGAAUAGUAGUGAAAAGUGACGAUCUCCUGCAACAUUGUCUAGUAUAAUGCACGCGCAGUGAGAGUAAACGAAAAAUUCUCCAAAUACGUUCAGUUUGCUGAAUUUAUCGCGUGCAGUAAGUUUUGCUGGUGUUGAGUGUACUUUCCUUCGUCUUGUACAAUGCUGGGUGAUUGCGUCGCGAUAAGUAUUGUUUAUGUUCGGUCUGAUAGUGAUUGGGCGGUCUAGUCAGCCAGCAGUGCGUGUCGCUAAGAUGCACACAGUCGUGGGGUUCUAUUUCAUUUACUUUUUACCAGCUUCGGUUCUUGGCUAUCAAGUGGAUAAAUGUUGCAAGGAUCCAAUUACCAGUAAGAGCAUAAGCAUAUUCAAGUGGCAGUGUAUUGGGCAACGUCCGAGAUGAGCUAGUAGAACUCACCCACUCUUCUGUGUGUUUAAUUGAGCAAUGAAAAGUGGAACAAAUUAAACGGUUGACGAGUAGUGCCCAACGGAGAAGAAAUUUAAAGGUCAAUUCCACUAAUAGAAUAAACGACUGCUUUUAAUUAGUGCCUCACUUGAUCGCAGUCGAUCAUGGUCCCUUUGCAAUGCCAUUUUUUUACCAGUAAUCGACGGAGGAAAAGUGGGAUACUACCAACAACCCUGGUGGGUUAUUGUUUCCGUGUGUAGUAAAUAGUAAUUGUAUCCUAUGCUGAAAAAUGGAAGGGUAGCAAUAACGUUAAGUUUGAACGCACUCCCACAGAUAAUGUUUGUGAAUUCAAUAAGCUUGGAGUUAGUGAGCAACAAACGAGCUCCGCAUCUUGCAUCGGGUUGAAGAAAAUUGUGAUGGCCAGAUAUAUCCAUUGUAGGCUUCUUGUUGCUUUGGUGUGAGCCGAAAGUGUUUUGAAAGAAACUCAUUUCCUCACCAGAGCGGCGGGGGAUAGUGGUAGCUGAAAAUAGAAUCUCCACACCGAUCCGUUCCAAACAGUUAGUAGUGAAGAAGAAAAAUAGGAAAUCAUUAUUUUUCGACUUCAGCCGAAGAGCAAUUACGUACGCGAAAACAAGGUGAAGCGGUGGUUGAACCGAUGAGCAUUGGUUAAGGCCGCCCCGGAACUGAUGAGCCGGAAUACUGCAUCCUAACGGGCGGUGGGUUGUACCAGUGUCUCAGGUUGAAUUCAUCAGACACACUCACUAAGAAGCCACACGACGAAUACGAUAAAAAUUCGACACGGGAUGGGGUUCUUACUGCUUGCCACUGUGGUCUGGUGCCAGUUGCUACUGGUGGAAGCCACUGCCACCACCGGGAACCAUCAUAACACGUCGCAUUCGAAAGACUGUUCCACACUGCACCCGGCGUGCGUUCGCUGCAACGAGCGCGGUUGUGUCAAAUGUUCCGACCUGCUGCGGACGGACACCCGCGAGUGUGUCACCGACUGUCCCGGCGGCUACGUUGCCCAGUGGUCUACGACGUCCGAGUUUAUGGGUCGCGUUUGUUAUCCGGUUGGCUUUUCCGGAUCCUUCCUGGCGGCUGUGGUCGGCAUCGCGGCCGGUGCUGUGCUGUGCAUUGCCCUCAUCGUAGCCGCCAUGGCCGUCAUUCGGCGAAAACAGAAACGCAAAAAGUACCGAGAAACCUUCAUCGAUGAUAACAUCGAUCGGUUAGAGUUUCUCAAACAGUUGGAUGAACUGCGCCCGCAGGCAGAAUGUUUCCUCCAGAUGCUGAACGACACACGAAGACAGAUUCGAAAGCUCCAUCUGGCGGGCGAUAGUGCCGGUGCUGCCAGCUAUCAUCCGGUGGUUCGUGACUUGGCUAAAAUCCUCAUCUUGCUCAACAAACCGAUCGAACUGAUUAGUUCACCACCGCACGACUGGCAGCGAUUGUACGUGUGGGCUGAGAAGGUUCUCGAUCGAUACAAACCCGAACUGACACAGUUGAUCGAAUUCCUUCAGCAGCCAUCGAUUCCAUCGUCCACAUCGGACCCCCGGUUGGGAGCCAGCGAGCAUUCCACGUUCAAGUGUAAAUUUAGCAGUAGUUCGGCAGGUGCCAACGAAAGUGACACCUCGCCUAGCUUGAGUGUCAAGAAUCAACGCAACCUGCUACAACCGGAAUCGGCUAGCAGUAAUCAUCGAGAGCAGAACCAUUUCCUGGGUUCGCUUAUCAGCCUGCACGAGUUUGAUGAACGGUCAUCCUCGUCACAUGUUACUGGAAACACUAGCAAUCCGUUUGGGGACACGUUCGAUCACGUACGAUCCUAUCUCUCCACUUCGGGCAUCAACGACAGCUCACUUUGGCUGCAGGACGAGUUCUUCAAACUUGGAUUCCGACCGCAGGACGAGAUCACGACCGAGUUGUAGGGCCAGCUGGUGAUCAUUCCAUCACGCGUACUACGUUCCUAGUCGCAGGGACAGAACACGUUGUAAAUAGACGCUACCCGGACACCGCGUGAAUACCGCGGCGAAGACGAAAUGAGAAAAGCGAUACAAUCACGAAACUAGUCACAAUUGUAUAAUUGAAUAAGAUGUUUUUUUUUUUCUAAUAUAAUACUUUAUCACUUUUUCGAAUAUAUUUGAGGAUAGCAGAGAAACAGGUUAAUAUAUAUAUACAUUUAGGUUGGUAGUUUUCGAAGAAAGCAAUGCCUUGUAUAUUAGACAUAAGAUCUUAGAACAAAAAUUAACGACUGUUGAGGAAACAUGUGUAAUUUUUUUUUUCAUCAACUUCAUAGUGUUUACUCGUCCUUAAACGUUAGUCGUUAUCCAUUCCCAGUGCAAAUAAUUUUCCAUCAUUUUUUUUUUUGGUUUUUCGGUGUCACUAAUAAAUUCAAAAGUGCCUCAUUCCGACUUCUCUAGAAGAGAAAAUGUACAACGGCAGUUUUUGUAUAAUCAAUCAAAAGACAAUAUCGAGUAAGUCUUCCAAUCACUUUUCAUUCAAUUUACCUGCAGAAAAUAUAUAAAUACAUAUUA